AUGAAGGGCCGGCCCACGCCGCGCCUUCGGCUGCCGCUCGCCCUGUACAACGUGGCGCAGGUCUGGCUGAGCGGGUACCUGCUGCACGAGACGCUGGUCAGCAGGCCGUCCAGCUGGCUCUGCGUCCCUGUCGACGUCAACGACGACCCGCGGGCGCAGCGGCUGGCUGAUGCCAUCGCCGUCUUCGUCCUGAGCAAGAUGCUUGACUUCCUGGAUACGGUGUUCCUGGUGCUGCGGAAGGACCACGAGAGGAUGACGUACUUCCACGUGUACCACCACGGCUCGAUGUUGUUCAGCGGCUGGAUAGCGUCGGUGUACGCCCCAGGUCAACUGCUGUGCUCGAGUGGCCAGUGGUCGGAGACGCUGUGA